AUGAGAGCAGUAUUUAUCACAGGUACAGAUACUGAUGUUGGAAAGACGUUCAUAUCUGCUUUACUCACUAAAGCUUGGGACGCUAAUUAUUGGAAGCCCAUUCAAACAGGAUUAGAAUCAUGUCAAGGAGAUACCGAGACGGUGCAAGAAUUGACCAAUUUACUGGAAGAUCGAUUUGAGAGACCACAGAUUGAGCUCAACAUUCCUUUGUCUCCAUGGAGGGCAGCAAUAAAGGAAAAUAAACCACAAACAAAAGUUAACGAAAUUGCGAUUCCAGCAAAAUUCUUGAAUAGCUCAAGGCCAUUGAUCAUCGAAGGUGCAGGGGGCUUAUAUGUUCCAAUCAAUGAAACGGAGAUUACUACGGAUUUGAUUUUGCACUUUGAUAUACCGGUCAUUUUAGUAGCUCGGAGUGGAUUGGGUACCAUCAAUCACACUUUGUUGAGUUUAGAGCAUUUGAAGAACCGUGGUAUACAUAAAGUAUAUGUAGUCAUGAAUGGACCAAUCAACACGGAUAACGCUGAAGCAAUCAAAAGAUUUUCCAAAGGAAUUAAGAUUAUUGCGAACAUCCCUCAUUCUAAACUGAAUGAGAUUGAGAGCCUUUUUAGCUACGUGCCCAGUUUAGAUUCUAUAGAAAAAUAA